UUGUGUGUGCAGGAUCUUGGCCACUGUGGGGGCAGAUUUUGAUCUAAGAACACUGAGGGCAGUGAGAGUACUGCGACCGCUCAAACUGGUCUCUGGCAUUCCAAGUCUCCAGGUGGUAUUGAAGUCCAUUAUGAAAGCCAUGGUACCUCUGCUGCAAAUUGGCUUGCUGCUCUUCUUCGCCAUCCUCAUGUUUGCCAUCAUCGGCCUCGACUUCUAUAUGGGCAAGUUCCAUCGCACCUGCUUCAGAAUAGACACAGACGAGCAAGCUGCAGAUUUCCCAUGUGGCCUGGAGGCUCCGGCGAGGACCUGUGCCAACGGCACCGCCUGCAGGGAGUACUGGAUCGGACCCAACUAUGGCAUCACCAACUUUGACAACAUCCUCUUUGCUGUUCUCACUGUUUUCCAGUGCAUCACCAUGGAGGGAUGGGUGGACAUUCUCUAUAACGCCAACGAUGCCUCAGGGAACACGUGGAACUGGCUUUACUUCAUCCCCCUCAUCAUCAUCGGUUCCUUCUUCAUGCUCAACCUGGUGUUAGGUGUGCUGUCAGGGGAGUUUGCCAAGGAGCGAGAGCGGGUGGAGAAGAGGCAAGAAUUCCUGAAACUCCGCAGACAACAGCAAAUAGAGAGAGAGUUAACUGGGUACCUGGAGUGGAUCUGCAAAGCAGAGGAGGUGAUGCUGGCCGAGGAAGACAAGAACGCAGAGGAGAAAUCUCUGGAUGGAGCAUGGUACAAAAGGAAAAACAACAACUCUGUGCUGAAAAGGACCAAGAAGAGUAAGAAUGACCUCAUCAAUGCAGAGGAAGGCGAAGACCACUUCACUGACAUCUCAUCUGCUGCCCCCCCAGGGUCGCCGUUCACCCGGGCCAGCUUGAAGAGCAAGAACGAGAACUCGUCUUACUUCAGGAGGAAAGAGAAGAGAAUUCGCUUCACCAUCCGCCGUCUGGUCAAGUCCCAGAGCUUCUACUGGACUGUUUUGUGUCUGGUUGGCCUCAACACAUUGUGUGUAGCCAUAGUACACUAUGACCAGCCUGAAUGGCUCACCUUUGCAUUAUACCUGGCCGAGUUUGUAUUCCUGGGCCUGUUUCUGGCAGAGAUGUCCAUGAAAAUGUAUGGCCUCGGACCCCAGAACUACUUCCACUCCUCAUUCAACUGUUUUGACUUUGGGGUGAUUAUUGGCAGUAUUUUUGAGGUGAUCUGGGCUGCCAUCAAACCCGGGGCCUCAUUUGGGAUCAGUGUCCUGCGGGCUCUGAGACUGCUCAGGAUCUUCAAAGUCACCAAGUACUGGAACUCCUUGAGGAACCUGGUCGUAUCCCUUCUCAACUCCAUGAAGUCUAUUAUCAGCCUGUUGUUCCUCCUCUUCCUCUUCAUCGUGGUCUUCGCUCUGCUGGGCAUGCAGCUGUUUGGUGGCCAAUUUAAUUUUGAAGAUGAAACGCCAACAACCAACUUUGACACAUUCCCAGCAGCAAUUCUCACUGUCUUCCAGAUCCUAACUGGGGAGGACUGGAACGCAGUCAUGUACCAUGGGAUCGAAUCACAGGGGGGCGUUCACAGGGGGAUGUUCUCCUCCAUUUAUUUCAUUGUUCUCACUCUCUUUGGAAACUACACACUCCUCAACGUGUUCUUGGCCAUUGCUGUCGAUAACCUCGCAAAUGCCCAGGAGCUCACUAAGGAUGAAGAGGAGCAAGAGGUGGCCAUCAAUAAGAAGAUCGCACUCCAGAAGGCCAUGGAGGUAAAGGAGGUCAGCCCCAUGUCAGCCACUAACAUGUCCAUCACAGCUUUUCUAACACGCAGUCGAGGUAACGCGCACUCUAGCAGCUCAUCCAUCUGCAGCGUUAACUCACUCUCCUCUGUGAUCACACCUUCUGGUAGAGCUGCGAGUUAUGUCUGCACCCCAGUCCACUACCUGAGUAAGGAGCAGCAGAAGUCAAUGAAGACAAUGUCGGUGUGGGAACAGAGGGCCAAUCAGCUGAGGAGGCAGAACCAGGCGAGCUGCGAGGCCCUCUACAGUGAGCUGGAUCUUGAGGAGCGUCUUCGCCUGUCCUCGGCCCUGAACAUCCGACCUGACAUGAAGACCCACCUCGACCGGCCGCUGGUCGUUGAGCCUCGCGACGGGUCUUUGCUGGCCGGCCAUCAACACCACCAUCACAAGCCCUCCAUGCCAGAGGAGGCAGAGACUGCCACUGACCCUCCCCCUCCCGUGCCUCACCAGGCCCGUCGCCACCACCGCCACAGAGACAGGGACCGGGCCAGAACAAGAGAGGUGACAAAUGAAAACAGUGGCACCAGUAAGGACGGGGGCCACCACGUCCAUCACAGCCGCUCCAAAGACCAUGACAGCAGCCGGGGCAAAGAGGGGAAGAGCGAGAGGUCCCGAAGCCAAGAAGGAGGCAGGAGACAUCACCAUCAGAGCUCAGUGGAUGACAGCGGAGGUGGAGGAGCCAUGAGCGAGAGAGAGCAUCGGCAUCAUCAUUCACACCGGCAGUCCCGAGGGGACAAUGGGACAGUGAACAGUGGUGGGAGGGGAGAGCGAAGAUCCCGCCACAAAAAUGGACGUUCGUCUAACAGGGAUGGGGAUAGGAAUUCCAGAGGAGACAGUGGUGCCAAUGGAGAGCGGAGGAGACAUCGGACUCAUGGAUCCAGGGGCCAAUCCACAGUUGAAGGAGAGGUGUCCAACGAGAGAGAGAAGAGUCGCAGGUUUGGUGACUCAGAGGGCGAGUUGUUCGCCAUCUCCCCCCAGCAGUGCUCUGAAGGGGGCAACUGUCCGCCUGACCGACCAGAGGACUCAGACAACCAGAGGAACAUCACAAGAACUGGCCAAACCUCCAUCCACAUUCCUCCUGUGACUAUCACUUCCCCACCUGGAGAUACCACCCUCAUACAAAUUAACAGUAUUGACUGUGAGACAAUGCCCAUGAAUGAGAAGGCCCUGGCGGAUCGAGGUCAAAGUGGACCCAAACCCAUUCUGCCUUACAGUUCUAUGUUCAUCUUCGGACAGACUAAUCCGGUGAGGCGGUUAUGUCAUUACAUUGUGACUCUGCGUUAUUUUGAGAUGUCCAUUCUGGUUGUCAUUGCUAUGAGCAGUAUCGCUUUGGCAGCAGAGGACCCUGUUUGGACGAACGCCCCUCGCAACAAUGUGCUCAAAUAUCUGGAUUAUGCCUUCACUGGUGUUUUCACUUUUGAAAUGGUGAUCAAGAUGGUGGACCUUGGCCUGUUGCUUCAUCCUGGAGCCUACUUCAGAGACCUGUGGAACAUUCUGGACUUCAUAGUGGUCAGUGGGGCGCUGGUGGCUUUUGCAUUUUCGAGCUUCAUGGGAUCGCAACAAGGUGUGACCAGGGGGACCAAAGGCAAAGACAUCAGCACUAUCAAGUCACUGAGGGUUCUCCGAGUGCUCAGGCCUCUCAAGACCAUCAAACGUCUGCCAAAACUCAAGGCGGUGUUCGACUGCGUGGUCAAUUCUUUGAAGAACGUGCUGAACAUCCUCAUUGUUUACAUCCUCUUCAUGUUCAUCUUUGCUGUCAUCGCAGUUCAGCUCUUCAAGGGAAAAUUCUUCUACUGCACAGAUGAGUCCAAGGUCCUGCAGAAGGACUGCAAAGGACAGUUCCUCUACUACGACAGGGACGAGGUGGCUGCCAUGCCCAGAGAGUGGAAGAAAUAUGAGUUCCAUUACGACAAUGUGCUGUGGGCCUUCCUGACCCUUUUCACUGUCUCCACUGGGGAGGGCUGGCCAACUGUUUUGAAGCACUCUGUGGAUGCUACCUUUGAAGACACAGGUCCUAGUCCAGGCUACCGGAUAGAAAUGUCCAUCUUCUAUGUGGUCUACUUUGUGGUCUUCCCUUUCUUUUUUGUCAACAUCUUUGUGGCUCUGAUCAUCAUCACCUUCCAGGAGCAGGGAGACAAGGCAUUGUCUGAGUGCAGCUUGGAAAAGAAUGAGAGGGCUUGUAUUGACUUUGCCAUAAACGCCAAACCUCUGACACGCUACAUGCCCCAGAACAUGCAGUCCUUCCAGUACAGGAUGUGGAAGUUUGUGGUGUCAGCUCCAUUUGAGUACUCCAUCAUGAUCAUGAUUGCUCUCAAUACUGUGGUACUCAUGAUGAAGUUUCAUGGAGCUCCAGACUCUUAUGAAGCGAUGCUGAAGAACCUCAACAUAGUCUUCACCACUCUCUUCUCUCUGGAGUGUAUCCUCAAGAUCAUUGCUUUUGGUCCAUUGAACUACUUAAAGGAUGCUUGGAACGUGUUUGACUUUGUCACAGUGUUGGGCAGCAUCACUGACAUCCUGGUGACUGAAAUCAAUACUACGGACAGGCUGCUGAACCUGAGCUUCCUGAGGCUGUUCAGAGCCGCUCGGCUCAUCAAGCUGCUGAGACAGGGCUACACCAUCCGCAUCCUGCUGUGGACCUUCGUCCAGUCUUUUAAGGCCCUGCCUUAUGUUUGCCUUCUGAUUGCUAUGCUGUUCUUCAUUUAUGCCAUCAUUGGGAUGCAGGUGUUUGGCAACAUUGAGAUGAAUGAAGACACAGCUAUCAAUCACCACAACAACUUCCGCACCUUCCUCCAAGCGCUCAUGCUGCUGUUCAGGAGUGCAACUGGUGAGGCCUGGCACGAGAUCAUGUUAUCAUGUUUGAGUCACCGAGCCUGUGACAAGCUAUCAGGGUCCGAUGGGGAAGAGUGCGGCAGUGAUUUCGCAUACUUCUACUUUGUCUCCUUUAUCUUCCUCUGCUCCUUCCUGAUGCUGAACCUGUUUGUGGCUGUCAUAAUGGAUAACUUUGAGUACCUAACCAGAGACUCCUCCAUCCUGGGGCCUCAUCACCUCGAUGAGUUCAUCCGGGUUUGGGCUGAGUACGACCCGGCUGCAUGCGGACGGAUUUCCUAUAAGGAUAUGUACAAUUUGUUACGCGUUAUCUCACCCCCACUUGGCUUAGGGAAGAACUGCCCUAAUAGGGUAGCAUACAAGCGCCUCGUCAAAAUGAACAUGCCCAUCGCUGAUGACAACAGCGUCCAUUUCACCUCCACUCUGAUGGCCCUGAUUCGCACUGCCCUGGGGAUCAAACUGGCCUCAGGCAUGGUAGCUCAGCGAAUAUCUGACUAUGAGUUAAAGAAGGAGUUGUCGACAGUGUGGCCCAGCCUUUCUCAAAAGACCAUGGAUCUGUUGGUGACGCCACAUAAACACAAUGAACUGACGGUAGGGAAGGUUUAUGCAGCCCUGAUGAUCUUCGACUACUAUAAGCAGAAUCGAGCGAGGAGGCUGCAGCUGCAGCAGCAGCAACAGGGCACAUCAGGCUCCCAGUGCAAGGUCGGGGCUCUGUUUAAGCCAUUGCUGCCUCUGACUCACAUGCAGGAGAAAGAUCUGCCUAUGAUGUUAAACAGUGUGGAGCCUCCGAGCAUGCUUCAGCCCCAGUCCAAAUCCCAUGCCAAGUCCCAGCCACAGACCAGACCUAGCUCCAACUCCCUCAACAAUGGAGGCACACUGCAAGGCCAUGAUCACAACAUCAAGGCAUCAUCUUCUUGGGCGAUGGAGAAACCCAAGGAAGCACCCCGAGCUAAGACCAAGAGAACCAUGUCCAGGGGCCCAUCUGAGGACACACCAGACACUGCCAUCAUCCAGGAGUCGGUGGAAAUGAGCGAGAUGGAGACCAGUGCCAGCAGUACAAUCCCAGUCCCUGGCUCAGGUCUGGAGAACCAGGGCAGAGCUGCCUCUAUGCCUCGACUCAGUGCUGAGCUGCAGCGGAGCCACUCACGCCACUCUCCAGGGAUCCAUCUAGCUUCUGUCCCUGAUGCCAGCCCUAUGAAGCGCUCAGCCUCCACUGCGGCCCCACAGCGGCCCCAAGAGGUCAACCUGCGGGACUACACCCUGGAGAAACCCAGCCAGGACCGACCCCACCACCAUCACCAUCACCACCGCUGCCACCAUCGCAGAGACAGGGACAGAGAUAAAGACAGAGAGAAGAGGCAGAGGUCUUUGGAUGCACCUCUGGGUGGACAACCACCUAGCUCUGCUGGUGCAACAGAAGAUCCAGAGUCUGACCUAGCUGCCUCCAGAGAGCGAGCCCACGACCGUGGACGCUCCCAUGACAGAAAACACCACUCCUCGGCGGACAAGCAGCGCUACUACUCCUGCGACCGCUACUGCAGUCGGGAACACUGCCACACCAAAUCUGCCACCGCCAGCUGUGCCGCCUCCCCCAGUGAGGGGCAGGAAACCAGCACCAAGCAGGGCAGUGGUUGGGUUAAAGGAAGCCCAGUGGCACUGAGCUCCAGUUCUAGCACACCAAGCCGCGGACGUCGGCAGCUCCCCCAGACCCCCCUCACCCCGCGGCCUGGGGUUGCCUACAAGACUGCCAAUUCAUCCCCUGUGCACUUUGUGUCCAGCCAGGCCUCUCUGAGUCCUGGCCGACUGAGCCGCGGCCAGUCGGAGCACAAUACCCUCCGGCAAAGCGGCUCCCACCACUUUCCCUGCCCCGUCACUCGUAUCAGCUCCGAGCCUUUCCUGGGCAGACUCUACGGCAGCCUCCGUGACCAGCUGGACGUCUUUCAGGAUGCGGUGUCACGGUCGCCCAGCCCCUGUGCUGGGCACUCAUCUCGGACCGCACUGCCUUGCAUGAUGGGAGCCCUGCUACCUGCUCAGCAGCAGAACCUUGGGGUACCCAAUGGGUACCACUUCAGCUUUGGGGGCAGAACCAGCCCAGGCUCUGGCGUCAGGGCACCCAGGUAUUACCAGGAGGCAGAGGAGGACUAAUGGUGCUAGCAUGGCUUUAAACCAUCCUUUGUAAUGCAUUUUUGAGGAAGUGUGAUGAGUUUUAUCAUCUUAUUUGAAGGCUUUAGUUUACAUUGUCAGUGUGUGUGUUUAAUGCCGUAUUUUAAUCCUAAUGUGGAAAGCAAAGGAUAGGGAGUGCAUCUAAACAGGGAGAAAGCUAGAAGUGGGUAGUAUUUGAACGUGAACAUAAAAAGUGUCAUCUUCACCAAAGGGCAAAUAGCAUUAUCAAACAGAAGACUAGACCUUUUGCCAAUAUCAGUUGUCUUACAACAAGCUGCCCUUGAUUUGCUUUGACUUCAGUGUUUUGUUGACACCACCAUAUUGACCCUCAAACAGCAUUACAUUAUGAACACAGACGAGACUAUACAUUAAAAUGAAAAUAUCUCCUGACGUUUGAAGAAAAGGCAAGAUCCAAAGAAAAGAGAAACUACCAGACUUGCUGUGUUUUGUUCAUAACUCCAGUCUGUAUUCCAGGGAAACCAUUCAUGUAAAGACAAGUGCUGAUGUAUUUUGCUGUUUUUCUUCAGGGUGAUUUGUUUCUGAUUAGUAAGCAGUGAAGCUUUAAAGCAAUUACAAAUGAGGCUCUUGCACUGUGCAUGCUGCUUUGCUCUAAACAUUCUUCGGGGUUGUCUGUGCAUCGGACAAUUUGGCUUAAUUUUGCAAAUAGAAACUUAAAGAUGCAUUCAUUGACAUAAAGUUAACAUAUUAGCAAACAGUUGCCUAAUUACAGAUACAGAAGACACAAAGAAACAGCAUUCAUUUGGAGUCGUGUUUCUGACCACCUGAGAAUGUAAGUUUUGGACUUUCACUCUGUUCAUCACAUACACAAUAAUGGAAGAGGCACAUGCAAAAGCACUUUUUUCAUGAUAAUAUGAGCAUGUCUAAAGACAACACCACAUUCAAGAUAAGUUGUGCUCUCCAUCUGCUGGUUAACAUUUCACCUUCUUCCACAUUAUUACAGCCAAAAGCACAACAUACUGUAUAACAGGCAAUUUUUAAGCUGUAAGUAAAGUUAUUGAUUCUAAGAGUAGCUGAAGGUUUGAAGAGCGUUUGAGAGUCAGUAUGGCAGUUUCAGCAGAAAGUAAUGGCACUGCAAUGUCAUGAAAAACAAGAUGAAAAACAGGUUAAUAGUUCAGAGAAAUGAUUUAAAAUGUUGGAACACCUCAAAGACAUGACACUGUACUUUAGUUUAGGACUACUACCAUUCCAUGAUGAUGCCUAAUCCUUUAUGACAUUCCCUGUCGGUUAAAUGUUUCUCGCAAACUUCAAGAGAGAAGCAAUGCAUGGUGGGGAAAAGUACCUGACUGACUGAUUUGUUUUCUAUAAAAUGUCCUUGUAGAUGUUCUUUUCAUUGUGUGCAUUUUUUUUAUAUGACAUG